AUGCAUCUUUGUGAUUCAUCUUCUAUGAAAGAACUUGAGUACCAAAAGGAAGAAGGAAAAGUACAAUAUCAAAAGAAUGAGAAGUGGAGACUGGAGACUAACCUGAAUGAGAAGUCAGAAUAUGAGCAGAAGGCGCCAGACGAGGAACAGAAGGCGUCGGAGCCUCACACAGAAGCUUCAGCAGAAGACGACGAACUUCAGACAAAACUGAUGUGCUUCAUACGAACUUCAGACAAGGAAGAUGGCGGCAUCGUGAAUAGAGAAGAAGAUGGUGACGCCGUGAAUAGAGAAGAACAUGGCGGCGUUUUCGUUUGUUCAGUCCGACAGAGAGAAUUUCAAAAUGGAAAAAAAAAUUGA